AUGAGUACGGAACGACGUCUUUCACGGAGUUUCCACUCCUGUUUGAAGGGGUCGUCCACUGAGGAAGCUGCGGAUGAAGAAGAGAGUUGUUACCACUCUCUGGGAGGACGGCACACACUCAGCAGAUAUCCUCAGGUGUAUGUAGAGGAUCUGUCAAACGUCACAUUAGCCGACUUCGAGUCAGAUGAUUUAGAUGUAUUUGAUAUAGGAAUGAUAUAG